AUGACGAUGGCUAACGGAAGCGAAUAUGUGACCGAUCCCGAAAAUCUUGAAGAAAACCGACAAGAUCUUUCCGUAGCGGCGGCUCACAAGCACUGGAGACAAGCCCAUCCACAGCAAAAAGUAAAGAAUCCUAACCAAUCUAAACAUGGUAAAACUAACGAUGACGAGAACAAACGAGACUUCAUCAUCUUCCUUAUACUCUGCGUUGUGGCAAUCCUACUGAUGCUGGCUAUCAUUCCCCUACUGAUAAUCUGCCUUGUGUGCAUGGCAAGGAAACGGAAGAGCAAGAACGGGAGCGCUUCAAGCAGAAGGGGUGGACCUGCGAAAAGCGGAAGAAGCACAAAGAGCAAAAGCGGAAAACCCACAAAAAGCAAGAGCAAGAGCAUGAGUAAGAGCAAGAAAUCCAGCAAGAGUCUGAAAAGCAAAAGUGGCAAAAGCGGUAAAAGCCGAACAUCGAAGAGAGCUGGCGGUAAAGGCGGAAACAGCAGUAUGGGAAAAGCUAACAGAAGACCAGGGAAAAAAGGAAAGAAAUAG